AUGUUAUCACCACGAUUCUUCGCCGCUCCUUUUUUGUUAUGGCAAAGGGAUAGGCUGUAAGCCGGUUAGCGUUUAUAAAAAUGACAAAGUUUGUUCUUGUAAGUUCAGUUGAUUAUUAAUUUCUGUGGAAUUUGAAGUUUUAUAUGUUUAUCAAAAAAUUUUUUUUUAAUUUUAAAAUUUUGAAAAUUUAAUUUUAAAAUUUUUUUGAUUUUUAUUUUUUCAUAUUUUCAGGUCUGAAAUGACCGCCUCAGACAGCCAAUACAAAUGUUGUUGCAACACUCAUGUACAUGUAAGUUAGCCCAGAGCCCUAGCCCAGAGCCCUAGCCCAGAGCCCUAGCCCAGAGCCCUAGCCCAGAGCCCUAGCCCAGAGCCCUAGCCCAGAGCCCUAGCCCAGAGCCCUAGCCCAGAGCCCUAGCCCAGAGCCCUAGCCCAGAGCCCUAGCCCAGAGCCCUAGCUGUGCAAACUUUAGUCCAAACAUUAGUCUUGGCUCUACCUGGCGCUCCUUGGCUUUAGCAUUCUUCUACCCAAGCCUGGCCCUGGGAUUGACUUAACCCUAUCCUAUCCCAGCUGUACCCUAUCCUAAUACCAGCCUUACUAUUGCCUUGCCCUGACUAUAUUCUAGCUUAACUUAUGUCUAUUGUAAUGAACUCUAUCUACAAUAAUCUCUACUUUAGAACGCCAUUAUAGCCAUAGCCAUUGUCGGCUGGCUCUCAGGUGGCGGAGCCCUUGUCUUCAUUAUAAUCAGCUUUUUAUGGCCAUUCCUACCCCUUCCAAUGUUGGCCGGUUUGGGCAACCUCCUCCUUCUACUGGGCCGGUGUACCAAGACGGCUUGUCUUUACUGGUGCUACUUCGUGACUCAAGCCUUGAUGAUAAUAGGCAACUUACUAUGGUGCGUCUUCCUCUUCAUAUGGGGUACACAAAUCUACCGUGGUGAAUGGACAUACGAAGAUAGUCAUGGAAUAGAAAGAAAAUUUUCCGAAGGCUGGGGUACUUAUUUCUACAUUCUGGGGGGUGUUGGAAUCCUCUUUUUGUUCCUGAACAUAUACUUCUUUUACAUCGCAGUAAAAGCCUACAAGUACUUGACCCAAGUGCUCAGUGAGCACCAUCAUACUCGAGAUGCUGUCAUGAUCCAGCAGAAUCAGUCAAGCUUUAGUCCAAGCUAUCCACAAGUGCAACAAGGUGGUGCUUAUCCUGGCCAAGGCUUUCAGGUACCACCUGGAGGCUUCACUGGCUACCCACCUGUACAUAGUGAUAGUCGACAUGAGUUUAAACCACCGGUGGGUGGUCAACAGGUAUAUCCUAAUGUGUAA